UGAAUCAAGCAGAUUUUUUUUUUUUUUUUUCCAUUUGCAUUUGGUGAAAAAGAAAAAAAAAAUGAACCGGAGAUGUGAUCUGAGAUAUCUUCUUAUACUUGCUGCUAUUGCUUUCAUCUAUACCCAGGUGAAAUUGUUUGCCACGCAAUCUGAGUAUGCUGGUAAAAUUGCAGAUGCAGUAAGUAUAAGCCUUUUUCUACUAAUGGAAGCAGAAAAUCAUUGCAGGAAUCAGCUGCAUUUGCUAAUCAAUGAAAUAGGCAUGCAUCAGGAAAAUAUUGUUGUUUUGGAAGAGAAAGCAAAACGUCAAGCGCAGGAGUGUGAACAAUUAAGGGCAGUUGUUCAAGAUCUGGAAAAGAAAGGCGUGAAAAGUUUGAUACGGGAAAGACAAGUACCAGUGGCAGCUGUUGUGAUUAUGGCUUGCAAUCGUGCUGAUUAUCUGGAAAGGACCAUCAAAUCUAUCUUAAAAUAUCAUAGUUCUGUUGCAUUGAAGUUUCCUGUUUUCGUAUCCCAGGACGGGUCAAAUUCUGAUGUUAGAAAAAUGGCGAUGGGUUAUGAUCAGCUGACCUACAUGCAGCAUUUGGAUUAUGAACCUAUACAUACUGAGAGGCCUGGGGAGUUAAUUGCAUAUUACAAGAUUGCACGUCACUACAAGUGGGCAUUGGAUCAGUUGUUUUACAAACAUAGUUUUAAUCGGGUCAUCAUACUUGAAGAUGAUAUGGAGAUCGCUCCUGAUUUUUUUGAUUACUUUGAGGCUGGAGCAGAUCUACUAGAUAAUGAUAAGUCGAUCAUGGCCAUCUCAUCAUGGAAUGACAAUGGACAAAAACAGUUCGUGCACGAUCCUUAUGCAUUAUAUCGGUCAGAUUUCUUCCCCGGUCUCGGAUGGAUGCUAUCUAAACCUACAUGGGAUGAACUUUCACCAAAGUGGCCAAAAGCUUAUUGGGAUGACUGGCUAAGAUUAAAAGAGAAUCACAAAGGGCGGCAGUUUAUUCGUCCAGAAGUAUGCAGGACUUACAAUUUUGGGGAGCAUGGUUCUAGUUUGGGGCAAUUCUUCCAACAAUAUCUUAAACCUAUUAAAUUGAAUGAUGUUCAGGUUAACUGGAAAUCGAUGAACUUGAGCUACCUAAUGGAGGGUACAUUUGUGAAGCAUUUUGCUGACCUGGUGAGAAGUGCAAAGUUACUUUAUGGAACUGAUCUUGUUUUGAAGACAAAUAACGUAGAUGGCGAUGUGCGCAUACCAUAUAAAGAUCAAUCACAUUUUGAAAACAUUGCUCACCAGUUCGGCAUAUUCGAUGAAUGGAAGGAUGGCAUACCAAGGACCGCGUAUAAGGGCGUAGUUGUUUUCCGCCACCAAACUUCAAAGAGAGUGUUUCUUGUUGGGCCAAAAUCCCUCCAACAGUUGGAGAUUAAAAACGCUUAAAUCUUCUCAGAGGUACAUAAUUCUUUUGGCAUGAGAUUUUAUAAGCCUUUACUAUAUCAUAUGUAUUUUAUUUAAGAAUUAGGCAGAUACAUAUAGGCGGCUACUCCAGGCUGCAGUUAAGUUUUAUGAUUAUUUUGGUUCAUAUCUUGAUAGUGUAAAAGGACUUGACAGUAUUUUGAAAGCGUAAGUAUAUAGUUUGAGUUUUAGCA